ACUUCGGAAGGUCUUAUUAGAGCGCGAGAGUGAUUCGAGAACCGUAGAAACAGCAGCCAGCCAGCAACACCAAUUGAGACGCCGUCGCCGUAGGCUCGAAUUUGCAGGUCCGAAACCGGCAAGGUAAUUGGUAUCGCGCCCCCGUCUUCGUUAGCGUAGAAGAAUCACCAGAGAGGUUGCCGCCGCUGCAAAAGCCUUCAUUUAGCUUAGUCACAGAGGUGCAGAAUUUGAGGAAGAAUCGGCGAGUGUCAGCUUCCCUGUGAGCUCCGCCUAGGGGCUAGGGGUUCCUCUUGCUGCCUGUUUGCUGUGAAUGACCUGAGCAAUUGAGUGUCAAUGGCAUCGGUGUAUAUUCCAGUGCAGAACUCCGAGGAGGAGGUGAGAGUUGUCCUGGAUCAGCUGCCGCGGGACGCCUCUGAUAUUAUCGACAUUCUCAAGGCCGAGCAAGCUUCUCUCGAUUUGUGGCUCAUUAUUGCGAGGGAAUACUUUAAACAAGGGAAGGUUGAACAGUUCCGUCAAAUAUUGGAGGAAGGAUCAAGUCCUGAUAUUGAUGAAUACUAUGCCGAUGUGAGAUAUGAGAGGAUUGCCAUCCUCAAUGCUCUAGGUGCUUACUAUUGCUAUCGUGGGAAAAUUGAGACAAUACAGAGUAAAAGGGAGGAACAUUUCAUACAGGCUACCAAGUACUAUAAUAAAGCUUCGAGGAUUGACAUGCAUGAGCCUUCUAAUUGGAUUGGGAAAGGUCAGCUUCUACUGGCUAAGGGUGAGCUGGAACAGGCUUCUUCUGCGUUUAGGAUUGUAUUAGACGGAGACCGUGACAAUGUACCAGCUCUAUUGGGUCAGGCCUGUGUUGAGUUUAAUCGGGGUCAUUACAGUGAAUCACUGUCAUUGUAUAGGAGAGUAUUACAAAUAUUUCCUGAUUGUCCUGGACCUGUCAGGCUUGGUAUUGGUCAGUGUCAGUACAAGAUGGGCCACUUCGAAAGAGCCCGAAAGGCAUUUGAUCGUGUUUUACAGUUAGAUCCGGAAAAUGUUGAGGCUCUAGUUGCACUGGCAGUUCUAGACUUACAAACAAAUGAAGCUUCUCGUACUAGGAAAGGGAUGGAAAAGAUGAGACAAGCUUUCGAAAUUUACCCUUAUUGCCCUAUGGCACUCAAUUAUUUAGCCAAUCACUUUUUCUUCACCGGACAGCAUUAUGUUGUUGAGCAACUGACAGAAACCGCACUGGCUGUGACCAAUCACGGGCCCACAAAGUCACAUUCAUACUAUAACUUAGCUCGUUCGUACCAUAGCAAGGGCGAUUAUGCAGCAGCCUUGCGAUACUACAAUCAGUCUGUGAAGGAAAUAAAAGAUAAGGCCAGUGAUUUUGUAUUUCCUUAUUUUGGUUUGGGUCAAGUACAACUAAAGUUAGGAGAUAUUAAUGGCGCGAUGUCAAAUUUUGAAAAGGUUUUGGAGGUUUACCCGGAUAAUUGUGAUACUUUGAAGGUUCUUGGGCAUGUAUAUGCUCAACUUAAUGAGACUGAGAAGGCCCAAGAGGUUUUGAAGAAGGCCACAAAAAUCGACCCUCAUGAUGCUCAGGCAUUUCUUGAUCUUGGGGAACUGUUAAUCAUGUCUGACACAGCCACUGCUCUUGAUGCCUUCAAGACGGCACGCAGUCUUCUGAAGAAGUCAGACCAGGAAGUCUUAGUGGAAGUGCUGAAUAACAUUGGUGUCAUCCAUUUUGAAAGGGAAGAGCUUGAGGUUGCUCUGGAGGCUUUUAAAGAGGCACUGGGUAAUGGUGUAUGGCUCAGAUUCCUUGACGUUAAAAGCAAGACCACUGCAGCUGAUGCUGGUGCAUCGAUUCUUCAGUAUAAGGAUGUGCAACUUUUUAAUCGACUUGAGGCUGAUGGCGUUGAGGUGGAAUUGCCAUGGAAUAAAGUCACGCCUUUGUUCAACUUAGCAAGAUUACUAGAGCAGUUGCACAAUACAGGAACUGCUGGCAUCUUUUACCGUCUUAUAUUGUUUAAGUAUCCAGGUUAUAUUGAUGCCUAUCUCAGGCUUGCGGCUAUUGCAAAAUCAAGAAAUAAUCUUCAAUUAAGCAUUGAACUGGUCAAUGAGGCUCUGAAGCUGAAUAACAAGUGCCCUAAUGCUUUAUCAAUGCUUGGUGAAUUGGAGCUGAAAAAUGAUGAUUGGGUUAAGGCAAAAGAAACAUUGCGUGCUGCUAGUGAAGCAACAGAUGGCAUGAAAGAUUCUUAUGCUACCCUGGCUCUGGGAAACUGGAAUUAUUUUGCUGCCUUGCGUAAUGAGAAAAGGAACCCUAAGUUGGAAUCAACUCACCUGGAAAAAGCCCAUCAAUUGUACACCAAAGUAAGAACUCCUUACAUCCUUCCUCCUCUGAGUCUUCCUUUUUCAAAGGUCCUGCUUCAGCAUAAAUCCAACAUUUAUGCUGCCAAUGGAGCUGGAAUAGUCUUGGCAGAAAAAGGUAACUUCGACGUAGCCAAAGAUCUUUUCACGCAGGUCCAGGAAGGUGCAAGUGGAAGCAGCUUUGUGCAGAUGCCAGAUGUCUGGAUAAACUUGGCACAUGUGUAUUUUGCUCAAGGAAAUAAUGCCUUGGCUAUAAAAAUGUAUCAGAAUUGCUUACGGAACUACUAUCAUAAUACGGACUGUCAAAUUUUCCUCUAUUUGGCACGCACUUAUUAUGAAGCUGAAGAGUGGCAAGACUGCAAGAAAACUUUGCUGCGAGCCAUCCACUUAGCCCCGUCAAAUUAUACACUUAGGUUUGACGCGGGUGUUGCAAUGCAGAAGUUCUCAGCAUCAACACUACAGAAGGAAAAGAGGGAAGCAAAUGAGGUCCGGUCGGCUAUUGUUGAGCUGGAAAAUGCUGUCCGUGUGUUUAGUCAGCUGUCUGCUGGUGCCAACCUCCAGAUCCAUGGCUUUGAUGAGAAGAAAAUAAACACCCAUGUCGACUAUUGCAAACAUCUUUUGGAGGCUGCCAAGGUUCAUCUUGAAGUAGCUGAGCGAGAGGAGCAACAAAAACUACAGAAAGAAGAAGCUGAACGGCAGAUGUCAUUGGCCGAAAAAGUCCGACGCAAGGCUGAAGAACAAAGGAAAUUCCAGUUGGAAAAGCGGAAAAAGGAGGAUGAAAACAAACGGGCCAGGCAACAAGACGAGGACUUUGAGCGUGUCAAGGAACAAUGGAAGAGUAGUACUAGUUCUGCAUCUAAGCGGAAGGAUAGACUGGAUAUUAUUGAUGAUGACGAGGCUGGUGGUCAUAGUGGAAGGAGAAGGAAGAAAGGUGGAGGGAAGAGGAGAAAGAAGGAUAAAAGCUCGAAGUUUUCACAGUACGAGGAAAUGGAAGAAGGAGAAGCUGAGAUGGAUGGUCAUGAAGGGGAUGAUGGCCAUGGAAGUUACUACAGGGAGGAAAAAGAUCCAGCUCCUCAGGAUCUUCUUGCUGCGGCUGGGCUUGAAGACUCCGAUGCAGAGGAUGAAGAGGCUGCUGCUGCUGCGAUAGCUGCAAGGAGGAGACGGGCAUUGUCAGAAUCCGAGGAAGACGAACCAGCGGAGGAGGAAGGGAAGCAACAACAAGCUGGAAGCCCCGAGUCGGGUGAGAUGCAGGUGAGUGAUGGCGAAGGUGCAGCAGCCUCGCAGCAGCACCACCGCCAGGACAAUGAUGUUGAUGCCGGCCUGGAUGAUGAAGAUUGAUUAAUAGUGAAUCCGGGCCCCAACCAGUGAAUGACCAAAAAAUACCGCUGGAUCGGUAUCGCAUUUCUAGCUAUAAAACAAUCAGAAGCGGGGCAACUUUCUUCUAGGUUCAGGUAGGUGAGCAGAAGAGGGGAAAGUGCAACUAGUCUAGCCAUUGUAAAUCAACAGAAGUGAGCAAGAUAAGGAUUCAGUAGAGGCGUGAUGGAUGGUUGCAACAUCUUAAUUUGAGGCCACAUUUGUGUGUUUAUUGGGAAAUUUGAUUAUGCUUUGCGAUGGAGGAGAAAACUGCAUGCAAGGAUCAUCUGCGGCUUUCGGUUAUGCAGCGAAAAGGCGGUGGCGAUGCCAGACCUCCAAUGUGCUAUUUCUCGUCGUUUGCUUUUGGAGUCUGGCUGUUGUAGGCCUCAGAGUUGCGUGUGCAAGGGGAACGGGGUUGUUUUUCUGUUUGUUGCUUUUGUUGUGUUAUUUCUUCACAUUUCUCAGACAAAAUAUCCCACUUCAGUAAUUAUUAUUCCAAGAACGGGAGGAGUUACGGUGCUAAUUGUACAAGAGUUAGCACCGUCCUAACCAAGGGUUAGUAGUGAUUUAGCUUAGAUGUUGUAUUGAUUUUAUAAUAAUCCGUAGUGAUUUCGUUGUUUUUAGUAGCGUU